AUGCUUUGGAAACCUGACGGUUGGUGGACUGGAGUGAAUUCUGAAAAUCGCUCGGGACUUGUUCCUAAAACCUUUCUCCGACAUCUUCCUGUUGAAGAGCUUAGUCAAGCUCUUCGUAUUCUAGAAAAAAGAGGCGAGGGAGACACUGAGAACUCAAGACAGAAAGAUAGUAAAGCUGAAACGGAAGAGACCCUUCACGACAGCAUGGGAAAAGCACAAGUUGCAGAUGAAUCAAUUUUACCUAGGUCUUCGUCUACCUCCAUUCCUCCAUUAGCAAUGGUUAUGAAUAGACCAGUUCGGUGUCUAGGGGAUGCAUUACGGGCUGAUCCUCAUUUAACAUAUGCCUGUCACUUGACACCUAGAUUGAGUCAUUCUAACUUGGCAUUUCAUGACUUAUAUUGGAAUUAUGAGGACGAUAAGUUACGGAAGCGACACGUAAGAGUUUCAUGCUUGAUACGUCUUAUUCGAUUUGAAGGAAUGCCGAGAGAUAUUCAUACAGGCCUAAUACGUGUAGCUUUAUAUGAUACCAGUCAGAAAACUGGAAAGCAAUUGGUCAGCAACGUUCACACAAUAAGAGCACAAAUCAAAGGAUCAACAUGGACAUUCAUUUCACGCGCGGAUACCGCAAAUACUGGCAUCGACUUCAGUGAUUUCCUGCUACGUUCAAACUAUAAGUCGAAAGAGGUUAUAUUGCUCUUACAAGCAAGUGUCAUUACUUUUGAAGAGGGGCAUUAUGUUGAAAAUGCUUUGGGAUCAUACAAGCUGUCUAUGAUUGGGGAUAACUUCGAAAGCUGCAUUGCUAAAAAAACUUACACUGAUUACCUUACCAGCGAGAACAUAUUCGAUAGAGAAUCAACUCCUUCUAAAACCAACUUUAAAAUAGUUUUGAAAGCAUUAGACGUUCCUAAGGACCUUGUUCAGUAUGUUGAUGCAUUACCAGAUGUCCUCCUGUACAACCCAAUGUUUAUAAGAAUUACAUAUUUCUAUAGAAGACGAGCGGGAACCUUAUUACUCCGAGACCGAUCGAACCCUUUGAGUGCUGAAAUGAUAUCAGACCCACUACUCUCCGCUUUCCCCUUCGUUGCUGAUCAGCCAGAUUUGAUGGAUCUAAUUACUGGCAUGUGGAUGAGCCGUUUCAAACAGUUAAAAAUAAAAACAGAAGUCAAUCAAGCUCAAACGUUCUUCCAUAUUUUCAUGAAUACAGCGUACUGCAUUCAUCGAACAGCCGUUAUGCCAGAUUAUUGUAUGUGGGAUAAGAAAGUUCUGGCUGAGAGACAAGAGGUCUUGAAAAAGUGUGUGGAUAUGCUUCGAGAGUAUAAAUCAGCUGCUCGUUUCCUACUCACAACUACUAGCAAACCUAUUAACAUCUAUGAUUAUUCUAUGGAUAUUAUGGGGAUUCAUGCUCUUGAUUGA